AUGUUUCUAGUAUUACUUUUCUUGAUUUCGACUGCUUAUGGACCAGUUCUUGCGGCAAGUGAGAAUCCAGAAAAUGUGCACGCAGUCGGGUGGCAGAGCAGUCCUGGACGCCGGGGAACUUGGAACAUCGUCUCGAGUUGCGCAACCACCAUUUUUGCCUGUACCUGGAGCAUCCAGCACCUAAAUGUCCCAGGUCCACCGCCAUACUCUGUGGCAGCAUUAAUGGUCAGCAAUAAUGGGCGAGUCCGGCGGCUACUGCGCAGUUGCAAAUGGAUGGCGAUCACAAUCCUUUUUCCCGAGUUCAUCAUGGUGCAUGCUUUUUUUGAGCUCAUCAUGGCUGUUCAAGCAACUGAAAUGAUCAAAGACCGCACGGACAACCAAGUAGCCAAAUAUCCAUGGCUGAUUAGAAUGUUUGUUCUUUCGCGCGGCGCUCGCAAGGGCCAGCAAGAGAUGGACGACCAGAAUAUCGAGGCACAGCACGUGGGCCAAGAUGGACCGAUAUGGACACUCACUCAUUCUUAUUUUGCUAAUAUGGGUGGUUUAUUCUACGAGGAGAAUGAGAAUUCUUUCCCCUUGACAGCGUCUCAAUAUGCCGAAGAAUCCACGUGCUACUCCUUGCCCGAAAUCAGAGAAGAAGAUAUCAUGGACAAAGGCAAACACGAUUUAUUCGCAAAGGGACUCGCUGUGUUGCAGAUAGCACAACUCGUCCUUUCCCUGAUAGUCAGAGCCACUCGAAACCUCCGUUUCACGCAGUUGGAGACGCUCACCUUCGGCCUCGCUGUUUGUGGUCUGUGCACCUACGCCCUCUAUCUGUACAAGCCUCAGAAGGUGGACGUACCCAUCACUGUCAAAAAACACAAAGACUUUCCCCAUGCGGUUUCCUUCAAGAAAACAUACGACAGCUUUUGGAAGAUGGUCUCAAACUUGGAAGGCUACACGAGCCCCAAUGUUUACCGCAUCAGGAACGACAACUUCCCAUUGGGAACAUCGCAGACAGCACGCACAGCAAUCCCAAUUUUAGCUGUCCUGUCCGCAGCAUUUGGAUGUCUACACAUUAUAGCAUGGAACUUUGAAUUCCCCACGGUGGUCGAAAAGCUUCUAUGGAGGAUUGCAACCGUGGUUUCGAUAACAAUCCCCGUAGUCGGCCUCAUCACAAUUCCUCUCGCGCAGAUCCCUAUCCAAGCAGGCGAUCCACGCGAGUUCAUGCGCAAGCUUCUCGAGAUAUUACGAGAAAUGUCAUGGGACCGUUCUGACAACGCCCAGCUUCUGCAAGCUACCAGGGAAUUGGAAGAAAUCUACAACAACCCUGACACAGAAAGUGGCAAGGCGCAGAAACUUUACAGUGACAUAUUUGCAUCCUGCGCUUAUAUUUGGGAUGACAUUAUCAACCUCUUGAGAGCCGGCAUCAUUAAAAAUGGACAAUUCGAUCAUUCCGCCAGUGACCGUACUCUGCCAUCUGACGGUGCCCGGCACUUUUUUAACCAUCCAGACGAAUUUUGGGACCACUUUAUGCAACUCUGCAUCCGACAGCUAGGGCUCGGCCCAAAGAGGCUCAUCGAUAAUGCAAGGACGAACAUCUUCCCACAGAAAAGCCUCCUCCCGAAUGCAGUCAACUUGCUUGUUCUUUAUACUACCAGUCUGGUCUACUGUUUGUCACGACUUACGAUUAUGGGACUUGCGCUCUCCAGUCUCCGGUCUAUGCCUGACGAGGUCUAUUUGACGACAUGGACAACCAAUAUUCCAGCCGUGCAGUGA